GUAAAGAACACCUUCUUCCCUCCUGGGAGAAACACAUCAGCUGUAUACAUUCUCACUGUUCUGCGCACAAAUAAAGGGUAGGAAUUGCCUCAUCUUUUGACCCAGACAGAAAGACAUUUUUUAUCCCAUGCUCCGAUGUCCGUUACAAUCCAUCAACAAAAACCCCGGUAAACUCCCAAUGCAAGAACCACGCGGAGAAGCAGCCAAGGACAUGCCCGAAAUACAGCCAAACACCGCCGAAGCACCCGCCUGCGCCAAUAACUCCGUCUUAUUGACCACCCUGCGCGCCUUACCAAAAGAUCCGCUGGGAUUCUCUCAUCUGGGUAUGGACGGAGUGUGGCGGAACUUCGGUCACGAUCGCAACGUGAUCAGCUAUCGUGCUCUCAGCCCCGAGGAGAUUUUUGAGGUGCCGGGGAUUUUCCCUGGCUGGGUGCGGGAAAGGAUUGAGAAGGGGUUGGAGGGGGUUGAUGGCAGGGAUGUAACGGAUAUCGAGCAGCUGUUGCAUCCUAGGGAGGAGCUCUUGCCGAAAUUCGAAGAUGAUGGGGGGUUGUAGUCACGAUACGGCAUUUCUGUUUGUAUUCGAUGGGAGAAUCAUUUCUUGUUGUUGUUAUGAGGUGAUUCUGCUUUUCGGUUUCUUGCCUACAUACUUGUUGUCAAUUCCAUCUAGCACAUAUCGUGCA